CUAAAAUCAGUUUUCCCCAAAUAAGUUUCCUUCGAGAGAGAGAGGAAUAGAUCGGCGAUUUUUCCGAUGAUGAUGCUGAGAUCUGCAGUUAGAUCAUUUUGUUCCUCCGGACGUGAUUUUGAGGUUGAUGCAGAAUCCCUUUUCCGCAAGAUGGUCGCUGCCGUCUCUCACCGGACCUUUCUCUGUGUCCAGAACCUUUGCCACCGUUCCCCUUUUUUCUCUGACACGCUCAUCUGCCUUGUCACGCGGUGCAAAAGAGCAGAGGUUCGCUUCUUGGCCAGGGCGAUGAAGCAAGAGUCAGCAGGUCCCAUACCGAUCUAUAACUCCGUCUCUGCUUCAAAGGCAUUUGCUUACACGGUAUGUCCAGUCGAUGCUUUCGGUGGGCUUUACACGAGCAAGUGGCUUUACAGCAGAUACGAAAGCCACUUGGGGCAUGGGACAAAAGCGAACAUCUGCUCUUUUGCACCGCGUGACAAGGCAGAUGAACGUGUCGGAGAAAAAAGGGUAACCGUUGACGAGUACAUUGAGCUGAAAAUGCUUAUUAUGAGUCUCCAAGAUCAGGUUCAGAAUCAUAACAAGGACUCUUAUGGACAAAGAGGCAGGGCUUACUCUGUGAUUUCUUACACGCGGCAUGUCGUGUCUCAAGAAGAACCCUACUUGUUGACACAUAUACACCGAUAGCAAGCAAAAGAUGUUGUGAAAGGCAUUAAAAAACGGAUUGGUAGCAGGAAUCCAAAAGCUCAGCUUCUUAACUGUGAGCUCCUAGAUAACUGUCUCUUUAUGCUGCUUGAGACAAUAGUGAAGAACUGUGGUGACAUGGUUCAUAUGCAUGUGGCUGAGAAAGGUGUUAUUCAUGAGAUGGUCAGGAUAGUUAAGAAGAAGCCGGACUUCCAUGUCAAAGAGACGAUUCUGCGUGCUGGGGCUGUUUUCCCUCAGAUAUCAGAGAGAUCAGCUCCUGUGUUCACACCUCCACAAACACAGCCUUUGACGUCUUACCCUCCAAAUCUUCGUAUUGCUGGACCUGGUAAUGAUGUGCCUGAACCUUCAGCAGAGCCAGAAUUUCCGACUCCAAGAUACCAUUUCGAUGGAACACCUCAAAAGUUCUUCGAGGGAUGGUAUUUCAGGGUUUCAAUUCCAGAGAAGAGGGAGAGUUUUUGCUUUAUGUAUUCUGUGGAGAAUCCUGCAUUUCGGCAGAGUUUGUCACCAUUGGAAGUGGCUCUGGACCCAGAUUCACUGGUGUCGGAGCCCAGAUUCUUGGAGCUAAUGAUAAAUAUUGUAUGCCAAUAUGCACAAGAGUCUCACAACUUCUGGGGAGGCGCAAAGUCUCCAGACAAGGAGGUUCCACCAGAGGUGGAAACAAAUUGCUGUUAUCCCUCUCUAUCUCAUUUGGUUACCCUGCAUAGGCAUAGUAGUGUACUACUUAUACUUGUUGGAAAUCUCAAAAGGGUGUCCGAAGGGUUCCAAGCUUACCCCAUUUUGGCAUUAGGUCACAUUUUCGAUGAUGGCCGGACUGACUAUGCGGAAACUGUGAAAUCUCCUCGUUGGGAGUAUAGUACUCGUCCUGUUUACGAUAUGCAUGGCAGGAGGCCUUUCCACAGGUGUGAGCUUCGCUUGAUUGACUUAAAAAAGAAUUGGGGUGGAGGCUUCCCAAGAAAAUGGUUUUGGGUCCAGUGUAAUGUCUUUGAAGGAGCAAGUGUAGAAGUUGCUUUGACCGCAGGUGGCUGGUUGAGGCAGUUACCUGGAUUGACUGAGACCUAUGAAAAUGCUGCACUGUGGUGUUGUUCUGUUUUUAUGGUAAUCUUGGGAUGUGAAGAAGGUGCCCAAGACAGUAUGGCAUUUCCACCUCCCCCAUGGGAAGCUCAGCUCCAAGACUUCAGUCCCUCUGCGGAGUCAGGAAGUCCGUUUUCUACUGGAGUGCAUCCGACACAGACCGCCUUCACACAUGCUCAACCAGUUAACAACAACAAUCUAUAUCCUCAAAUUCCCCAAACCAGGCCACCAGUCAACAACAGCAGUCCAUAUGCUCAAAUGCCCCAAACAGAUCAAGCAGUUAACAACAACAGUCCAUAUCCUCAAAUGCCACAAAACGGUAUGUACAUGCCAAACCAACCAAAUCAGGCUCUUGGGUCAGGCUAUCCACCUCAGCAACAAAAGCAGCAGCAGAUGAUGAUGGCUCAGUACUAUGCCCAACAGCAACAGCUACAGCAACAACAACAGCAACAGCAACAGGCGUAUGGAAACCAGAUGGGAGGAUACGGAUAUGGCUAUAAUCAACAACAACAAGGAAGCAGCCCAUAUCUGGACCAGCAAAUGUUCGGUUUAUCUAUGAGAGACCAGACAUCGCAUCAGGUACCACCAUCAUCAUCUACGACAUCUUAUCUGCCCCCAAUGAAACCUAAGAAUAAACCAGAGGACAAGCUAUUCGGGGAUCUUGUGGACAUCUCCAAAUUCAAGCCUAUAAAACUGAAGAAGCUGGUACCAUGUGACAAAUCCUCCAUCCAUCCAUCAUUCAUCUCCCCUAUCCUCAUCAGCUAAUUCUAUUUAUUUUCUUGUUCAUCAUUGUUUUUAUUACCCUGUUGGGAGAUACAUAUAUGUUAUGUUCUUCCUUAUAAUUUACCGGUCACUGGGCGAUAAGGACCUUUGUGUGUUUCAGAGAGUUAUGGUUCUUAGAUUUGCAAAAGGAUAGCUUAUGUUCUUUGUAUAUGAACGCAACCCUAAUAUCUUAGU